AUGCAUGGUAUGGAACUCAUCGACCAGAGUCUGAUGGCGUCUACUCCUACUUCAUUUGACUGGCAAAGUCCACCACCACAUCUCAACCUUGACACGAGCAUUCCUGCCUCAUUCACAGCGGACGAUUUGGAUCUUGGCAGCUUCUCAGCGAGCAGCAGCAUGCCUUCUAUUGCUAUCGAUCAAUGUGAGCCUUUCCCUUCACCGGCACCGAAUUCUCCAGUACCUUCAUUAUGGUCAGGUACCACACGGGCCUCGAGUCCUGACAUGCCCCCAACCUCCGUCCCAACCCAGUACGCCAACCGACCGGCCUACCCACCCACUAUGCAAUCAUUUGCGUCCCCCAUGGAAUCCACCACCGCCGAGUCCUGGGAAUUCAUGAAUCAGGCAAGUUCGAGCCUCUUGCAGCCAGGCACUACCAGCAGCAAAGGCCACUCCAGACGAACCUCUGCUUCCUCCCUAUCCCUGGACAGCGACGAGCAAGCCAUGUCGCCCAUCCCCGAAGUCGAAGACGACAUCUUACCCUUGGCACCCGUGCCCCGCCUCCCUCGACAAGGCAUCUUCGCCGCCCGCCAAACCGAGAGUCCCGGCCCCACCUCGUCGCGCUCCAGCUUCACCGACCGCGGCCGCGCGCUCGCCACAAUCCCCCUCCCCAGCCGCUUCGAAGCCGAAACGCUAACCAUGGAAUUCAUCCACUGCCUCGACACCAUCGACUUUGGCUCCUACACCCUCCCCCCCUCCCUCUUCACCCAGUUCUGCGAAGCAGUCUACCCUAAUCCCCAGCGCUCCUCUGCCGCCCCCGACAUGCCCGCCUCCAUGCCCAUGGCGCGCUUUCACGUCUUUCUCGCAAUGGCCGUCGCAAUGAAGGUUCGUAUCAAAGACUCCCCCGAGCCGACCAAUGCUCUGCUAGAUACGUGCUAUGAGUUGGCCAUGCAGCAAGCUGCUUCCUCUACCUUUUGGCACGAGUUUGGCGGUGUCGAGGCCGCACAGCUUUUGUUGGUUUUUUCGGCGAUUCGCAAGAAUACGGCGGCGGAGCCCAAGCCGCUGCAGCAGUCGUUCUCGUGGUGA